AUGAGAUUCCAGUUUCCUAAACUCAUUGAGAUCAUAAACAAAAAGACAACUGUUUUCAGCAAGGCUUCUAAAAAAUUCCAUGGAAAUCUAUAUCGAGUUGAAGGAAUAAGUCCAGAAUCAACAUCUAAACUAUCUGAAUUCCUCUACAACCCUGAAAACAGAUGGGAUAAAUCAUUGAAAGUGUACAGUCUGGUACACAGGAUUGAUUUGGUAAUUUGUUACUUAACAUUGGACUUUUACUCUAGUAGUGUGGAUUUUCCUCCAUUUUCAAAUUACAUCUGUGGUCAUAACCAUGCUUGUGGCUAUGUAUGUUCUCCUCUGCAAGAGAACCCAGCACAUUCCAAACUAGUGAUGUUGGUCCAGACAAUAAUUGAAGAAAUCAUGCCUUCCAAUUUAGUAAGCUUCAUCCUCAAUGCAAAAGAUGGAAUAAAGACACACAAAGCUGCAUCAGGACAAGGAUGGUAUCAUAAAGGUCAUUAAUCAUUCCUAAAGAGGAAAUGAACCCAUUUAACAUGAGGCCAUAUAAAAUCAUGUGGGGCAGGUAUUACAGUUUACUUAGAAGUCAAUAUGCAUAAAUACUGUUAUUUAUGCUUGCCUUCUCAGCUCACUUCCAUUUGAUCAAAUUUCCCCUUCAGCAUCUCAAGAAUACUGUCUAAACUAUUCUAGACAGUAUUCUUGUACAAAUUACUGGAGGUACUUUGUGAAAAUAAGAACACAUAGUUGUACAAGAGAACAGCAUUAAAUAAUUUUUAAUCCCAUAUAAAAAUGAUUUUAAAUAACAUGUGUUCUUAAUGUACUUCUAUCUUGUGCUUUUUUCCCCUAGAAAUGUUCUGCAGAAGAAUCAAUAAGAAAAUAUAUACAGUUAGAGGUCAGCAUUAAUUAAAGAUUAAAAAUAUAUUUUAAAUUGUUUUUCUUUCACUUACUGUUUAAACUGAUAAUUAUAGGAAAUGAACAUAAAAACUGAAAAGAAUUCUACUAGAAUAGAUGAUGAAUAAAAUCUGGAAUUUAAAAUCGAAUGAGGCAUGAAUCAGUUUCUGGUUCUUUCCAAGAUGUAGUUUCCCAUUCCUCCCAAGUCCUUCCUUUUAAAGUAAAAGACCCUGCACAUAACAUGACAAGCAAGUAUAGGAAGACAAGCAUAGGUGGAAAGGAGGUGGCAAACUGGCCUUGGGGAGCUUGGAACUUAAGGACUAACCCAGUAGGGAGUUCUCCACGUUUCCUUAUUACCUCCCGUGUAUUCCAGACAGGGCACUGCAGAGGCCUCCAUCCUGGAACCACCAACAGGCAGGAACAACACAAAACUUCAAGAAAAGGUCUAUUCCUCUCAGCCAUCAGAGUGGCUAUGAGCAAAAGGGUGGCCUAACAGAACAAAACUCUUUUGACAACGCCCACCUAUACCAGCCAAACAUCAACCUAAAAACUGCACCCACCUCACCCCGUGGUUUCAGUCGAGCAAAGUGGAGAGAUGAUCUUUCAUCCCACAGCAGCAGGUGGUGGUAUCCGACACCCCCACCCUGUGGUGUCAGCAGGGUUGAGCAGGGGGCUGAUCUUCCAUCUUCUCCCUGGCAAAGCACACAGCGUUCUGAUUACCCUCCCAGGUGGCGUAGACUUCUCAAGCAGGGAGCUGAUUUUCAAUCUUCCUCCCAGCAGAAGCAGGUAGUGGUGCUUUGCUAUCCCUGCUGGGGUGCUGUCAGGAGAGUCUAGUGGCAAAGUGAGCUUCUACCCCCACCUGGCAGCAGCAAGACUUCACCAGCUUGUGCAUGGAAGGGCUGGUCACUACUCAGCUUCACAGUCCACCCCCGGCCCCCAGUGUUCCCAAGGUCCAGCAGGAUGCUCAGCCCCUACCCCCACCCAGCAUCAAUGGCUUCCCCCUGCAGAGUGAAGAAUGGUGUUCCCCAAAAGAUAUGUCCUUGUGAAAUCCAUGAAAACUUGAAUGUGACCUUAUUUGGAAAAAGGAUCUUUGCUGAUGUUAUUAACGGCCUGAAUUAAAAAUAAGAAAUAAAAAAAUAAAUCAUCCUGGAUUUCUGGGUGGGCCAUAAAUCUAAUCACAACUAUCUUAUGAGAUGCACAGAGGAAAGAUGUGAAGAGGCAGAAAAGAGAAGCAGAGGCUGGAGCUUUGCAGCCACAAGUCAAGAACACCUAGAGUCACCAGAAGCCACAAGAGGCAAGGAAGGAAUUUCCCCCGCAGCCUUCAGAGGGAGUGUGGCCCUACUGACAGUUGGAUUUCAGACUUCUGGUUUCCCGAACUGUGAGAUAAAUUCUUGUUUUUUUUUAAGCCCCCCAUAUUUGUGGUGAUUUGUCAUAGUAGCCAUAGGAAACUAAUACACUUUGAUAUCAACAGGGCUCAGCAGGGAUCUGGGCCUCCACUGCCCCCUGGCAUGAACAGGGUGAAACAAGGUGGUAGGACGUGGGACUCGCCAGCACCGUACUUUCCCAUCCCCUCUCCCGGUGUCAGCAGGACCCAGUGGGGAGCUGAGGCGGCAAGUGCACGCAGCAGCGAAAAGGCUGAGCAAAUCAGUGCCCACUUUCCCCAGGAAGAGGAGCUGAGCUGCAGUGAGUCAGUCAGUGCUCCACUUUUGCCAGGGUGGUGAAGGCAGGGCUCAGGGAAGCUGAACAUACACAGCCUCCCAACUCUCCCGCUACACCUCAGCUAGGGGGCUACCCGCGAAGACUGAAGAUUAAACAAAACCCCGAGUCCUUCAGAAAGGGAAGAACAUCAGAAUGGGUCAAAAUACAGGUGAAAAUGUAUCUACUUAUCCUCAUGAGUAUAUUGAAUCCUAUUUGAUGGUUGACAGGUACAAAAGCAAUUCCAUGGAGGAAGGACGGCUUUUCAGCAGAUAGUGGUAGAGCAACUGACAUCCAAAGGCCUUGACCUAAUUUUGCACUUUAUACAAAAAUUAACAUAGAGCAUGGACUAAAAUAUAAAACAUAAAACUAUAAAACUUUUAAGAGAAAAAUUUCAGAACCUACAACUUAGGCAAAGAGUUCUUAUACUGGACACCAAAACUAUGAUCCAUAUGUGGAAAAAAUGAGAAAUUGAUUUUCAUCAAAAUUAAAAAUAUAUGCUCUGGGAAAGAUCCUGUGAAGAAAAUGACGAGAGUUACAGACUGGGAGAAAAUACCUGAAAGACAUUUCUGGUAAAGGAAUUCAGGUAAAAAAAUCUUUCAAAACUCAACAGCAUUAAAAAAAUGGCAAAAGACAUGGACAUUUCACUGAAGAAGAUAUUUAGAAAGCAAGUAAGUUUCUGAAAAGAGUAAAUGCAAAUAACAACCACACUGAGGAAUCAGCACACACUUAUCCAAAGGCUAACAUUUUUUAAAAAUUAGUUAUUAGAUCAAAUGUUAGGGAGGAUGUGGAGAAACCGGGUUCUUCAUACACUACCAAGUGGAAACGUAAAGUGGUCCGGCCACUGUGAGAGAGGAUAGCAGCGUCUUACAAAAUAAAACAUGCUCACUCUGUGACCCAGUGAUGGCACUUUAUCCCACUGAAAUGGAAAUGUUCACAUAAAAACCUGCGCAGAAAUAUUCAUAGCGGCUUUAUUCUAAAUAGCCCCAAAGUGGCGACUACCCAGGUAGCCCUUAAUGGAUGAAUAAACUGUGGUGAUCCAUACAUGGAACACCACUAAGUAAUACAAAGGAACAAACCACUGCUACACACAACAUGGAUGGUCUUAAGGGAAUACUGCUGAGUAAAAAAAGGCCAUCUCAAAGGGUUAGUCUAUUAUUCCAUUUAUAUAACAUUCUUGAAGAGACAAAAUGAUAGACAUGGAAAACAGAAUUAGUGGGUUACUGGGAAUAAUGGGACUGGGGCAAGAAGGGAGGUGUUGUGGCCUUGAAAGGGUAGCAGGAGGGAUCCUUGUGAUUAACCUGUUCUGUGUGUUGACUGUGGUGGUGGUCACGGGAAUUUGUCAUAUGUGACAAAACUGCAUAUAAUGACCCACACAUGUAAAUGUCUGCAUUAAAACUAGUGAUAUCUGAAUAAACUAAGUGGAUUGUAUCAGUGUAGAUUUCCUGGUUGUGACCUUGUACUAUAGUUAUACAAGAUAGUACCUUUGGGAGAAACUGGGUAAAGGGUAUAUGGCAUCUUUCUUAUAAUUUGCAUGUA